UUUGAGACCGUGGUGGUAUGGAUAUGAAUACAUGGGGGCAGGUUUAUGCUGCAAUCAAAAGAGCGCAAUGAUCGCCGAGCAGAUCCGACUGUUUGUGUCUGUGCGGCUCGUUUAUCAACACAGAUGUAGCAAAACGUGUCCGUGACGUCACCGCUGCCCUCCGCGUUACGUCACUCUCUUAUAAAUCCGUCGCGUUUCUUCGUGCUCCGAUUGGACUGUGUUCUCUCUGCCGAUUAAGUGGGACGCAGUCAGCGCGCGUGGUGUUUUGUCUGUAAUGACACCGUUAACGGACAUCUAUUCGCUCAGCAGCUGAUAUCUGAUGACACUAGCGUCGCUAAUGAUGAAAACUCGCGAAUAUCAGCAAAUAGAUCCUCAGGCACUCGCGACGCCCGCACAGACUCCUCCAGCGCGAGCUCUGGCCGAGCACAAGCCCGCACGAGCGCGGAGGAAAUGGGAGGUGUUUCCCGGGAAGAACCGCUUCUACUGCGAUGGACGCAUCAUCGUGGCGCGUCAGAGCGGCGUGCUGCCUCUCACACUGGGGCUCAUACUGGUCACCAGUGGACUGUUCUUCAUUUUCGACUGCCCAUUCCUGGUGAAGCAGCUCACCGGCUGCAUCCCAGUGAUCGGAGGGGUGCUGUUUGUGUUUGUGAUCAUCUCUCUCCUCCAGACCAGCUUCACCGAUCCAGGGAUUUUGCCCAGAGCAACAGCAGAGGAGGCUGCUGACAUCGAGAAGCAGAUCGACAACCCGGCGGGCACUUCCUCGUCCUACCGCCCCCCUCCGCGCACUAAAGAGGUCAUCAUCAACCAGCAGGUGGUGAAACUCAAGUACUGCUUCACCUGCAAGAUCUUCCGUCCGCCGCGCACCUCCCACUGCAGCCUGUGUGACAACUGUGUGGAGCGGUUUGAUCAUCACUGCCCGUGGGUCGGCAACUGUGUGGGAAAAAGAAAUUAUCGCUUCUUCUACGCCUUCAUUGUCUCGCUCUCCUUCCUCACAGCCUUCAUCUUCGGUUGUGUAACCACACACCUGGCUCUGAGGUCACAAGGAGGAAAUGGGCUCGUCUUCGCUCUCCAAGAGAGUCCUGCCAGUGCUCUUGAGUUAGUGGUCUGCUUCUUCUCAGUCUGGUCCAUUUUGGGCCUCUCAGGCUUCCAUACCUACUUGGUGGCUGCUAAUCUUACUACUAAUGAGGAUAUUAAAGGUUCGUGGUCAGGCAAGAGUGGCAAUGAGGACGUGGGAAAUCCGUACAGCUCCAACAGCAUCAUCAAAAACUGCUGCUCUGUCCUCUGUGGACCCAUGCCACCCAGUUUGAUUGACAGGCGCGGGUUCGUGCCCACUGAUGACUCUGUCCAGACCAGUCCUGCGGAAAUCGAACUGCCAGCUGCUAAAAACGAUAUUAACAUGUGCACACAGGGCACUAAAGGGCUGCUGGAAGCGGCCUCUCGUUCACCUCUCCUGACAAGCUCAUGUCCGCAGGCCAAACCCCAAGCCGUGCCACCUGCCCUGGACCUUCUUCCAGACAUCGUUUCCUCUCCUGCCCCAGAGCCGCCCAAGAUCGCUGGAAGACGGCAAUCAACCAGCACACCUCACAAACACCACUCUCACCACAGAUCCAAAGGAAAUCAAAGCACUCGUCACACCCACAAGAUGACCAACUCCUCUCCAAGACCUCAUCACAGUCACGGCUCAAGAGGGCGCAAAGACUCAAAGACCAGAGACCAAAAAUCCAGUUCUCUUCACUGAACACUCUGACUCCAAGAAUCUGCAAGCAUCCUCAUGUUGGGGAUGUUAAUGCGGGACUGUCUGAGUUUCUAUUCAUAGGAUUUGUGCCGUCAAAUGGAAUUUCAAAACUACUGACUGUUUUUGAACAGGUUUCCUGAACACUUGCUCCCAUUUGCCAUUGGAUGCCCCAAGUUCACACCAUUGGUUGCCCCAAUGUUCUUAAGUCUUGCUGGUGGGGAUGCUCAAACUAACAGAGUGCUAUUUUGAUGGCACAACAGAGUUGCAUUUUCAGGGAAAUCAACCUAUGAAUUGCUUACUUAUCGUG